UCCCCCAGUAGUCCAACCGCCACCAGGGAGAGUAAGUACAGCUGUUUCUUACGGUCAGGACAAACGUUUUCACCGUCGGGCCCAACUCUCCAAAGCAUGGAGUGUUUCUAUUUCAAAACUUUCUUCGUGUUAACUUUUUUCAUUCUCAACACUAAGUCCCAAAUGGAUCAUGUGAAUGACUCGGGUACACCAGAAACGUCGACUAGUAGUGAGAACACGGAGGACAACCACAGAGGAGCCCACACACAGUACCCCAUGGAUGGGGGUUCCGUGGUGCCUCCCAUUGGUGGGUCCGUUACCGGAAUGAAUCAUUUUGUGAACACCGAGGCUCAACCACCGGGCAGAGAACAACCGCCGGUGGAACAACGCACCGAGCAGGCUCCAGAAGACAAAGAGCCAACUGAUACCGGUAGAUUCGUCUGCCAGCCCCACAUCACCAUCCACCCACCUCCUGCUUCCACAAACUCAGGGACUUGCUGUAACUGCUCCACGAUACGAGACAUUAUUUCCUCCGAAUUGGCGAGAUUUUUUGACAGUUGUCGUCAGGUGCAAGGGCGAGAUAACACGGAGCGCCAGUUAGAGCAGCUUCACACUGCCGUCUCAGACCUUGCUGUGGUCUUGAAGGCGUUUCAGCGACCAGGAGCACCGUUGCCAGCAAGUUUAGCCGUUCUGCCCAAAGACUGUUCUGAGGUUCAAGCAAAGGGAGCAACGAACAGUGGAGUGUAUGUUGUUCAACCCCUAGACUUCGCCAGGUCCUUCCGUGUCUACUGUGAUAUGGAGACAGACGGCGGUGGGUGGACGGUGUUUCAGCGCCGUCAAGACGGCACGGUUGACUUUGACCGUAACUUCGCCAGUUACCGCCGAGGUUUCGGCGACCAGGAGGGCGAGUUCUGGCUCGGCAAUGACAACUUACACCGUAUGACUGCACAGGACGAGUAUGAACUACGUGUAGAUCUUACGGAUUUUGAGGACGAGUCGGCUUUCGCUGUCUAUGAUCUGUUUCGAGUUGGUGAUGUUACUGAUAACUAUAGACUAACCCUAGGAGAGUAUUCCGGAACUGCGGGUGACGCAAUGGCCAACCACAACAACCAGCCCUUCACAACCAAGGACCGCGACAACGACAACUGGGGUACCAAGAACUGCGCCAAGGAAUACCACAGUGCCUGGUGGCAUAAUAGCUGUUACUAUGCCUCACUGAACGGGGACUACCUCGGAGGUACCACUGGAAUCUAUGGCAAAGGGGUAUUGUGGUACCAAUGGAAGGGCUAUUAUUACUCACUGAAGACAUCUGAAAUGAAAUUUAGGAUGAAGAACUGACGGGUGUAGCCAGUCAUGUAUUGGACUUUUCUAUUGUCGGGUACCUUGCAUUUAUAGCCGUUAUUCUGUUUUCAAAACCAUGUUGAAUCCCUUACGUCAUUUGUAUUGAUUGUUGACUAUGUGAAUGUAGAAACUAUAACAACUGCAUUCUUUAUCAUGACGCAAAUUCAUAACAUUUAUUAUAACAACUGUGUUUUAUACGAUAAGGGUUUUGAUAAAGGCACUGGACACUAUUGGCAAUUACUCAAAAUAAUUGUUAGCACAAAAACUUACUU